GUUGUGCUACAUUUGUGUCUCCCUUUGCGGCUUCAGAUCGACUCAGGCCUACUCCUCGGGGGACACGAAACCCAUCUGGAGGGACUGCCGUCGACAGCGUUGACUGCCUGGAAUUGCUGUGUCGCUAUCCAUAGUAAUAGGUACAAGGAAUUUCAUGUAUAAAUCAACGUUGGCAUGGUCAGGAACGAGCGUCAGCUGCACGGUGUGAAUUACCUCCCCGCUGAGCGCCUCCGGGCCGCCUUAGUGGAACACUGAAGAUGAAAGGAUUUCCAAAGAGAUGAUAGCCGGCGACGAGCACUAACAUUUUUUGGGGCGCCACGGGAACAAUGCCGCUGCGCUUGUUUGGUUGCCUGGGUCUGUCCAGGGGCCCUGUGGAUGAUUAUGGUGAUCAGGAGAGAGGCAAAACUGGAGUAAACGGAGCUGUCACGCCGCAACCCGCUCGCCCUCCUGAGUCGGCCUCGUUGGGGCGACCUGCAGCGCAAGGGCCUGAAACUCAGGCGACAUUUGGCUCCGCCGCACUGGAACCCAGCAAGCGAAGCGGGCAGCAGAGGGAAGGCGCAGUCGCAAGCGUGUUCUGCACGCGACAGGCUCUGACAUCAGUGCGCAGUCCCCUGGACAGCGCAGCCACGCAGACCCUCGCAAGCGCCACAUCCUCCUUAGCGGCAGCCGUCCCGGUCACUGCCGGGGAAUGGAAGCGCUCGGCCUGCGGGGGCCGGGACCCUGCAGAGAGCUGUAACACAGGCAUACGGCUUGAUGAAGGCUCCACCGAACCCUUUGGCGCGUUACAGCUGGCGGCCGGACGCUCCCGGGGCGCCUCUCAGCGCGCCAGCAGCACCUCUGGCCAUGUCUCCGCCCUUUGCCCUGCUGACUUGAGCUCUGAGGUCGGCAGCACCGUGAAAUGCGGCCCGGGCAGCGCCAAGCCGUCCCAGAUCCACGCGCACAUCUCAGGCAUCGCGGGGCUGGUGCGUGCUGCCGCGGGCAUACCGUCAGCAACCGUGGUGGACGCGGCGCAGAUGGCGGCGGCCGCUGACGGCGGCGGCGGCGGCGGCAGCGCCCCCAACGGCUUUGCCAGCUCCGCCGGCCCGCGCUUGCAAGCAGCGGCCGAUGCCUCGCUAGCCGGCAUGGGCAUAAUGUCUGGGCCGGCCGGCACGCCGGGAGCCGGAGAAGGGAAAGGGCGGGUAGCCCUGCCGGUGGAUCUCCGCUCCUCCCCGCUGCCGCACCGCGCCUGCAGCCGCGCCUACGCAGCUCUGGCUGCUGGGGCGGGCCCGGCCUGCACGGACAGUGGGCGCGGGAGCAGCGAGCACCCAUGCUGCGCCACGCAGCACCCGCCCAGCGCUGGCGGCGCCACCACCGCCACCACCAUGACCCACACGGCGAUGGGCUUCGGUAGCUCACUGCAGAGCGGCUGCAGUUCUCUGGGCCUCAACCAGGCCUCGAUUGAGACCAACAACGCGUCAGUGAGCGGCGGUGCACAGGCUCAGCUCUCGCGGCACCUGUCCGGAAUGGAGGCCGCGGCAGCGGCAGCGGCGGGCGGCAGCAAGCCAGCCAGGGCCGGCUCCACCUUGGGCAACUCUUCUUUCAUGAUGGACUUGGACAUGUCCUCAAGCAUUGCGCGCAUCCGCACCAGCGUGGCGGCAUCUGGGUCAGCGGGCGCCGCCGAGCCGGGCGUCGCCAAGGCUGGGCACACGUCUGCGACGUUGACGCAGUCGCCCCUCGCGACAUUGAUGGCGCACCACCUGGGCAGCAGUGGCGGCACGGCCGGCACGCCUGCGGGUGGCGGCCUGGCUACCGCCAACGCGACCCACAUGUGCACGCUAACGUUCACGCCCACCGCCACCGGCACCUGCACCACCACGGCCAACGCCAACAUGCUGACCGACGCCUCCGCCAGCUCCGGCGGCCAGCCGCCAGCCAACGCGACCGCAGCAUGGCUGGCGUCCCCCCGGCCCCCUCAACAACAGCCGCAGACUCCACCGGCGCCGCCAUCCCCACCGGCGCAGCAGCAGGCACUGCUGCAGCAGUUGCGGCCGCAGCUUUCGCUGCCUCACGACAGCGGCCGCAACAGCAACAAGUCGCCGCCGCGGCCAUCGAUGGACAUGGGUUUCAUCCGGGCCACCACACUGACGGAGUUGUCGGAGCAGCUGGAGGGCCUCAGGUGGCUGGCCAGCGGCAGCAGCGGGCGCGUGUACACGGGCCUGUGGAAGGGCAGCCCGGUGGCUGUCAAAAUUGUGGUGAGCCACACGCCCGAUCAGAUGCGCGACAAUGCGCGCGAGGCUCUGCUCAGCCGCGUGGUCAGCCACCCCUGCGUGACGCAGUGCUACACCGUGUGCUUCGACGUGGUCACGGGGGAGCACCUGCGCCUGCCGGAGCCGCCGCACGGCGCGCGCCACAGCCCCGCCAUUUCCUGCACCUUCCAGCCCGCCGACGUGCCCAGCUCUCACAGCACCGUGCUUCUCAGCUCGGGGAGGCCUGGCAGCGUCGGCGCCGUUCGCGGCCCCGGCGCGCCCGGUGGGCCCGGCGGGCCCCUGAUCUCCUCUGCCUCGCUGCACGCGCCGUGCUCGCUCAACACAAGCGGUGGCGGCAUCAAUAGCUUGGGGCUGGGCAUGACAGCGCUCCCGCACAAGUCGCCCAAUGACUUGCGGAUUAAACGGCAGCCGCGCGCGCUGGUCAAUGCCGCGGUGGCAAUGGCGGCGGCGAUGGGCGGCCACAGAGGUGCCCCUGGCAUCAGUACAGCUCAGGAGGAGGAGGAGGAGGAGGAGCUCCACACGAAGUUCGGUGGUGGCGCCGCCGGCUGCCCACAUGCAGUGGCGGGAUUGCCUGGACCGCGCAUUUUCUUAGUGGGGAGCCCUGGCCGAGCUUCCAGCGCUUCCCCUGCCGCGCCUGCCGGGGGCCGAGGCGUGUUGCAUCUGCGGUUGCUAUCCGGGGCGGCGCAGGCUGCGGCCGACACGGCUGGCGGCACACCGGCCUCUCUGUCAGUUGCGGACUGCGAGGGCUCGUCGGCGGCAGCGCUGGUAUCUGAAAGCGGCGGCAGCGGCACGCGCAGGCAGUACGCGGUUGACCCGGCAGUCUCGGGGCAGCUAGCGUCAGCAGCGGCGGAGCAGGAGCGCUUGCAAGGCGGCAAGGUGCCGGUUGAGGGCGUGUCAGACGAGUCACCUCCCGCUGGGGCCGCGGGCGGCGCCGCAGAGGCGCGGCCCCUCCCGCAAUCCACGCCACAAACGCCGCUGUACCGCAGCCGUCUGCAGCAGCCUGCCACCAGCAUCGGCGGCUCGCCAACGGCAGGAGGCGCAGCUGGCGGCGGCGUGGCUGCCGGCGCGCGCAUGCGCUCCAUCGCAACCCACUCUGUCAACGCAAGCCGCGCCCCUGGCAGCUCGCAGGCUUGCCCAAUCAGUGGCGGCGGCUCCACGGGCUAUUAUAGUGUGGGGCUGGCCGCACACGCACUGAUGCAUUUGCCGUACGGCACCGCGUCGCCGCCGCCCUUCGGCGCCGCCAACAGCGUCGGCGGCGUGCAUGGGCCGGCCAGCGGCAGUGGCGGCGGCAACGCAGCCUUCAGCAGCGACUCCCAGUACGGCUCCUUUCCAGGCCUGCACGCGGCGCUUGCCGCCGCCGCUGGCGCCAACAUUCUGUCCCUCAAUUCUUCAGGAAUGAACCGCGAAAUGCGGCGCGCCGGAGGCGCCGGGGGCGCCGGCGGAGGCGGAGUCUUCCUCGGCGCCAGCGGUGCCGCUCACAGCUCCUACGGUGCUCCCGCUACAGGCGCUGGCGGCGUGGGCUACGGCGGCGAAAUCAACACUACGCUAUCGCUGUCGGAGCUGCUGAGGACGUGCGGCGGCGCGUGCGAGGACGACAGCAACGGACUGGGCGCCGCCACAUCGCUGGCCGGCGUGCUGGCGGCUAUGGGCACGGUGCCGGGGCGCUACUGCACCGCGGUGGUGCUGGAGUGGUGCAGCCAGGGCACGCUGCUACAGGCCAUCCGCAGCCACCCCUUCAACCCGGAGCGCAGCCCCGCCAACACCGACGGGCUGCUGGCGCUGCUGCGCACGGCGCUGGAGGUGGCGCAGGGCAUGCGUUACCUACACAGUCUGGACAUCAUACACGGCGACCUGAAGCCCAGCAAUGUGCUGCUGCAGUCGCACGUGACGAUGCCAGACAGCGCCGGCCGCUGGGCCUCGGACAGCCGUGGCUAUGUCGCCAAGGUGGCUGACUUUGGCCUUGCUGUGCCGGCGGCUGCAAGCGGCAGCACCGGCUCAGCUCUGGGCCUGGGCGGCGCAAAGGGGCCCGCCGACGGCGGCAUCGGCUCCUCGUGUGCGUGGGGCGCUCUGGCCUACCUGGCGCCCGAGGUGCCGGAGCGCGGCCCCAGCAAGAAGAGCGACGUGUGGAGCUAUGGCUGUGUGCUGUACCACAUGUGCACCGGGCGGCAGCCCUUCCAGGGCAUACGCCAGGGCCGGCUGCUGCUGGGGCUAGCGACCGGCGAGCUCAAGCUGGAGUGGCCGGACCACGUGUACAAGCUGCUGCGGCGGCUGGGCGAGGCGUGCUGCGCGCGUGACCCCCGCGAGCGGCCGUCGUUUGACCGCGUCGUCACGGCGCUGCAGAAGAUCAUCAAGCAUGUGGCAUCGGGCGGCGUUGGCGGUGCCGGCGGAGGAGGAGCCCGUAUGGGCAGUCAGGCAGAUCACUCAUUGCAGCUUGGCGGUACCGGCAGCGGGCGCACCACCGGCGACGGCAUGUCCGCGACCCCCAGCACACGAGCCAACAGCAACGCCGCGGCACUGGGCUUCGCCUCGGUGCUCGGGCCGGCGGCACCACUACCCAGCGCGAACCCCAGCGGCGCGAACCCGCCUUCCACCUCGCCUGUGGCUGCUAGUACGGCGCCAGAGGCGGCGGCGGUAGCGGCAGGUGAGGUGGGCUCGCCCGCGGCCGCCGCUUCCAACGUCGCCACCAGGCGUGCUGGCCCGGCUUCCUCCAUUCCACCGUCCGGCAGUAGCGGUUUGGCUGCGCGGGAGCUGAAUCCCGAGGCGGCGAGGGCGGCUCAGGAAUGGCGCGCUGCGCUGGCGGGCUGCGCGCAGCUUGGCGGCGCCGGCCUGUUUGUGGCCGGCGCACCGGCGGCGCCCAAUGAUUACGGCAGCCGUUAACGCGGCAGAUAGCGACAGGUGUCAACUGCCAAGGGCCGUGCAAGUGAACGCAUUGGGAGUGAAAGGCCAAAGGCACGCUGCCACCGGCCACAGGGGAUGAACAAAUUGCACCUCUACGCACGGCCCACGAGCCUGCGUACCCACCUACGUCGGGGCGUGGCAGCAUCGCUUGUAAAGGCGAGCGGGGAGCGGAGAGGAAGAAGCAUGCAUGGUGUGUGACACAAUAAUUCGAAAACAUGUGGCCCAAGCAUCUGCAUCACCCGGUGCAGCCGCUGCAAACGAAGGGUGCUUUGCGCCGCAAGGCGUAUGUGGCAACCGCUGGGACUGUGAAAGGCAGAAGCGGCGAGACCAGGAUAGGGCGUGAUUUACGAAAGGGGUGUAUCUUUAAACAAUGCAUGUGUAAUCUUGGCAACCAUGCCACUGUGCACACCUUACCAGGCCACCAGUGCGUGGUGGAGUGCUGAUUUGGUAUGUGCGUCGUGUGAUGGAGAAUUGGGCUAGCAGGCAAUGCAAUGCAAGUGAGGCAUGGUUGUAGAGUUGGACGUGGUUGGCAUAACGCUAGGGCUGCGUGAUGCGUUGUUAGGUUGCAGGCACAGCAAGGGUAAGCAUUUGUGCACGGCUUCAGCUGACGUGUUUUGUGAUUGCGCUUGAGAUCGCAUGUAGCAUGCGUUCAUAUGGGGUGCUUUCGGAAGAUGGUUUGAGGCUCGAUUUGCAACUGGCAGCAUACUCCGCGAGAGGGAGGCAGCAUAAUGCUAUUCGACCUGCAUGAUGGGAAUGUUGAAGACAGGUGAGCAGUAUCAUGAUCGCUUAUCGGCGUAUCGACUUGCUAUGCAUGCAACGAGCAUCUUGGGUACCACUGACCUGAAGAGCCGGCAUUGCUGCAGAAUGGGAGCGCGGGUGUUGCUUACCGGGGAGAGCCGAGUGAACACAAUUCGAGGUUACGGCAAAAUGGUACAUGCUAAUGGGCAUGUGUGGUGCCCCGUGCACUGCGAACACUUGGUACAAGAAAGCAAGCACUGUGUGUUGGGGGCUUAAGAGGCGCCUCCCAUGCAUCGGUGCGCGGAAGGGCGUCCGCCCUCGAGCAAGAUUGUUGCAUCACCUGGAACUUAAUAAGUCAUGAACUUGAGUGAUUCACGCACCCGACUGCAGCAAUCUUGUUGACAGCGCAUAUGUGUGAAACACGACAACUGCGUGUGUUUUUGAUUGGGUUACGCCACACGCGUCGAGCGUGUACAGUGGCACGGGGAUGGCCUCGCACUGGAUGCCAAAGACAGUUGAGGCCGCAGGCGGUCUUGGUGCGGUUCGGUGCAUGCUCCGACGGCACGGGCUUGGACCGGUGCCGGUCGUGAAAUAAGUUAUAAUGACGCUGAUAUGGACUUGCGAGGGCUUUUGUCAGAGGGUGUGGAUUGAGAGCUUGGGCUACCUGGGACGGAUUCAUGCUUGCCGCGUGGUGAGUUGCGCGCACGCGCGGUGGCAUGCGCCCGCCAGGCCGUCAAUGGCAUCGAACAGAUGAUGGCAGAUGCAGCAUCGUUUAUGCACUCUGGCCUACCGUACUGAAUGUAUGCCAUGUCCACGCGAUGGGCAGGCAGCUAUGGCGUUGUGAUGUGGACCCGGGGGCAUGCUGUGUCGCUGAGCUUGUGGUUGCCUGAAUGAAAUUGCACGAUGUCACCGGUGUGCUGCGAAUUCUGGUGGGCUUGUAACACCAGACCGUGGGGACAGUGUUAAGGCAGGUUGAUGAAGUCCCGUAGGAUGCAGCUGAUCCCCAGAACCCAGCAGAUGGCAAACAUUUGCAACGGCAGAACAGGAGCGCGCGGCUGGUCGAACGCCGGCAAUGGCAAGGGGUGUCAUGAGUUGUAGCGCACUGGGGGGCGUUGCCUACAGCUCCGGGCCAGCCUGGAACGCAUGUGCUUUGCACCGAAUGGCAAGACGUCGCUUCCGGUGUGUGCAUGGGAUUCCGGCGGGCUUGUAGUAAUUUGCAGUUGGAGAAUGCCUCAUGGCACAGCUGUGUCUGUUACGCUGUUCCCUUCGGGCCUUCACUUGUGCUCUUUCACAGGGAGCCCGGUACUCCACGCCCAGUGACAUACCAUGCGCCAAUUCCCCCUACAUCUCGGAGCUCGUAUUAGUGCGCGCAGGCGCUGCUGUUCGUGGCCGCGCUGAUUGCUACGCUACUCAGUAGUUGUUCACGCAGCGAUGCGGCCUACCGUAGGGCUGUCCGGCUGUGGAAUUGUUGACUCUGUUCAACGCUAGCC